AUGGGACAGUCUUCCUCUACGCAACGAAAUCGUCGCCACAGUACCCCGCCAGAACACUUCUUAUCAUUUCACGCGAAUCGUGCUCGCAUCAAUAGGGAUGAAGCAAUGAAUCACGGCUACAACUCGGAGCAGACUGGGGAUCAUCCACCCCAGUCGGGAACAGAACUAGGCAAUGACCGUACACAGACGACUCCGAUAGGGUCCGCUCAAUUAAAUCCCACCGCCGAAAUAUGGCAUCCUAGUGUUCCCGUCGAUGAGGAACGGCAAAUGAGAACUAUACAGGAGGAACACGACCCCCAGUAUGAGCCAGGUCAGCGGGAAUACCGAUCAGCCAUCUUUGCCCGAAUGGCUGCAAGGAGGCAGUCCACGAUGUCGCGGUUGGGGUCCAGGAUCCUUCCGAACUCGGUCAUUCGUGGCCUGCUGAGCAGUGAAGAAGAAACGCCUGCGGAAGGUCACGCUCACCGUCAUGGGAUUGUGUCUAGGUCGAUCCCGAGAUCUGAAGCUACGCAUAGUAGCGCUCGCUUCAGCCCAUUCAGCUCUCUGAGCUCGAGGAAUGUAUCCAGACGACGCUCGCUACGUGGGCCUUACUUCAUUCCCCGCAAUGACCCCUCGUUCGCGUCGGAUCCCGCUCACUCCGGCACGUUUCUUGAGCCUGCGGUUGAAACCGCUCCUGAACCUACGCGAAGCUCUUGGCGCCGUAGUGCUAGGCUGCAUCGUGUCCGGAAUUCUUUGUCAGGACCAAUCGGCCACAUGUUCGGCCAAUCCCUUUCGAAUAUGUCGGAACCAGGACCAACCCCACGGCCGCCUCUAGACCCGGUGCCUACUGAGGACCCUGAAGGCUUCAUUCCUUACCCGAGAUCAAUGGAUAGCCAGAUGGACUUCGACGAGCCCCAUGAACUUGAUUCUGUGGAGCCUGCUGUGGGCAGUACACGCCCUACCUCACCUAUGUCUUCGCAGUCUGCGCAAGGCCCGCCUGGUUUACGGCAGUUUCCGGGGUUGUUGCGAGCAAGGCCAUCCCGGGCAAUGCGUCGGGAGGAACAAACCCCUUUGUCGCGUGUCCUUCAGCUGGCCGCCACUGCCAUCGCUGCCCAGCUUUCUGGCACAACUGGCCCAGCCAUGCCCAACAUUCAGGCCCUGGGUAACGAUGGCCUCGACGGUUCGUUGGAGAAUUUUAUACAAAGUUUACAACAUGCUACUUCCUCCCAGACAACACCGAAUGAUACAGGGAAUGUGGCAGGCGAUAAUAGGCCCCCGACCCCGGUCAACUUCCUCAGAGUCUUCCGAUUUGCUAACUCGGAUGCUACUCGCCCCGCUGCUCCGCUGAAUCGCUCCCCGGCAGAUUCUGAGAAUGAUGGGAACGGCGGUGGUAUGGAUGUGGACAAUCCUACCGAUGGGCCAGAGGGGCGUACUGUUACUCUGGUUGUGGUGGGGGUAAGAUCAGUCCCAUCAGGAAAUGGGCCCAGCGCAGAUCAGCCUAGUAACCCGGGAACUGGCUUGGACGCCCUGCUUCGCCUACCGUUCCUGACGCCGGGAAACCUUGUACGCAACCCCGACAGCCGUCCUCGAUUCCCACCACGUCCCGAGAGCCGGCCAAUGCUCCCACCCAUUCGGAUCCAUGGUGAAGCCCCUAGCGGACCCAACGCGAGUGGUUACACUUCCACGCAACAAGGAGUCCCUACACCAUUACCGAGAUUGUCUGAGAUGGGCACCCGGGUUCCACUAAACUCACUCUCUACAGCUCCUUCUCUGCUUUCGGAAAGCCCUCCAGGUCCUCAUCCUCCUCCGUCAACGCCAGCCGAACCGGGAUUGUCAACCGUAUCAUCUAGUGCAUCCACUCCCAGCCGAAGGCCAUCAACUGCAUCGGCGAUGUCACCAAGUACCUUGCCCCAGCUUGACCCCGGCCGGCCAAUGCAGCCUACGGUCGAUCCCGUCGAAGACGGUAUUCCGCUGAACACGCGCCAGCGACGCCGGAGUGACUCGGAAUAUGCGCGCCAUCGUGAUCUUGGGUCCGGUGCCGUUAGACGCAACGGUGUUGUGGAACCCGACAGUGCUGCACCUUCUACAGGCCGAAGCUGGCUAAUUUACGUUGUCGGAACUAACCUCUCUGAGAACCACCCUGCUUUUGCAACGCCAAGCUUGUUCACUGACAACCCAACGUACGAAGAUAUGAUCUUGCUCUCUUCUCUUCUUGGCCCUGUCAAGCCACCCGUUGCCACCCAGGAGGAUCUUUCUACAGCCGGCGGGAUAUUCCGUCUCGUAGAGUAUGCCGGCUCGCUGGUUGCCGAAGGGUUGGAAGGCGCUGGCACCAUCCAACUUCCCGAAGGCGAGCGUUGCUUGAUUUGUCUCAGUGACUAUGAGGUGGCAGAGGAGCUUCGGCAAUUGACUAAAUGCAAGCAUCUCUUCCACCGAGAUUGCAUAGACCAGUGGCUGACCACGGGUCGCAAUUCAUGCCCUCUUUGUCGGGGGCAAGGUGUAGCUGAGACGUCAAAUACCCGACCUACUCCAGAUGCGCCUAACGCUGCAGCCGCGUGA